CCUAGUGCGGCGGGGCCGCGGCCCGGCGGCGCCAUGUCUGGCUGCAGCACCUGCGCCGCCGCUGCGCGGCUGCUCGGCUCCUCGCUGCCCUCGGCGCACAGAGCCUGCUUAUAUCAUCCUGAACCCCUUGUGGGAGAAAAGAUGAGCUUAACAGCAUGCGCUGAAGGCCAAACAAGCAGGUGUCUCUGCGACCAAGAGGAGAGAUCAGAAUGCAUUUUACCACCUUGGGCAUCUCACUUAAUGUGCUGUGUCGACUACAUGCCACCUCUUCUGUCGAGUGCAGGUAUUACUUGUGGUCGCAGUCGUCUCCCUGUUUUAGGAAGACUUGGAGCCUUUGAAACGCGUUCUUUAAGAAGAGUUCCCUUUAGAUGUUUUUCUGAAACGCCAGCAUACUUUGCUUCAAAGGAUGGUGCAAGCAAGGAUGGCUCUGGGGACGGCAAUAAGAAAUCUGUCAGUGAGGGAGGCAGCAAGAAAUCAGGUUCUGGAAACUCUGGGAAAGGAGGAAACCAGCUGCGCUGCCCAAAGUGUGGUGACCUGUGUACACAUGUGGAAACCUUUGUGUCUUCUACUCGUUUUGUGAAGUGUGAAAAAUGUCACCAUUUCUUUGUUGUGCUGUCAGAGGCAGACUCCAAAAAGAGCAUAAUUAAAGAGCCGGACUCGGCAGCAGAAGCUGUGAAGUUGGCAUUCCAGCAAAAACCACCUCCUGCACCGAAAAAGAUUUAUAACUACCUCGACAAGUAUGUUGUUGGGCAGUCAUUUGCCAAGAAAGUGCUUUCAGUUGCUGUGUACAAUCAUUACAAAAGAAUCUACAACAAUAUUCCUGCUAACCUGAGACAGCAAGCAGAAGUUGAAAAGCAAGCUUCUUUAACACCUAGAGAACUGCUGCAGAUUGCUGGAAUCAGUCCACAUGGUAAUGCUUUAGGAGCAUCAAUGCAACAGCAAGUGAAUCAGCAGAUGCCUCAGGAGAAACGUGGAGGCGAAGUACUAGAUUCAACCCAUGAUGACAUAAAGCUUGAAAAAAGUAAUAUUUUGCUGCUUGGACCAACUGGGUCAGGCAAAACCCUGCUGGCUCAGACCUUAGCUAAAUGCCUUGAUGUACCUUUCGCUAUCUGUGAUUGUACUACCUUGACUCAAGCUGGCUACGUUGGUGAAGACAUUGAAUCUGUCAUUGCAAAGCUACUGCAGGAUGCCAACUAUAAUGUAGAAAAAGCCCAGCAAGGAAUUGUUUUUCUGGAUGAAGUAGAUAAGAUUGGCAGUGUGCCAGGCAUUCAUCAGUUACGGGAUGUAGGAGGAGAAGGCGUUCAGCAAGGCUUGUUAAAGUUACUGGAAGGUACAAUCGUAAAUGUUCCAGAAAAGAAUUCUCGUAAGCUGCGUGGUGAAACGGUGCAGGUUGAUACAACGAAUGUCCUCUUUGUAGCUUCUGGUGCUUUUAAUGGUCUGGACAGAAUUAUCAGCAGGAGAAAAAAUGAAAAGUAUCUUGGUUUUGGGACACCCUCUAAUUUGGGGAAGGGCAGAAGGGCUGCAGCAGCAGCUGACCUUGCUAACAUAAGUGGGGAGACAGAUGCACAACAAGACAUUGAAGAAAAGGAUCGCUUAUUGCGCCAUGUUGAAGCUCGAGAUCUCAUUGAAUUUGGCAUGAUUCCAGAGUUUGUGGGACGUUUGCCCGUGGUGGUUCCUUUGCACAGCCUAGAUGAAAAAACACUCGUGCGGAUUCUUACUGAGCCACGAAAUGCGGUGGUUCCUCAGUACCAGGCAUUAUUCAGCAUGGAUAAGUGUGAAUUAAAUGUGACUGAAGAUGCACUGAAAGCCAUAGCCAGACUGGCUCUGGACAGGAAGACUGGUGCAAGAGGCCUUCGAUCUAUAAUGGAGAAGUUGUUGCUGGAGCCCAUGUUCGAAGUACCGAAUUCUGACAUUGUAUGUGUGGAGGUUGACAAAGAUGUUGUAGAAGGCAAAAAAGAGCCAGGAUACAUUAGGGCUCCGACUAAAGAUUCAUCCGAGGAAGAGUAUGACUCCGGAGUUGAAGAGGAAGGCUGGCCUCGUCAAGCAGAUGCUGCAAACAAUUAAGUACUGUCAAAAGGCUCUCCUGCAUAAAGCACACUUGGUUAUUACAAGGUCAUGCUGGGCUUUAGUCUGACACUAAAGGCAUUGGAUCUAUCCGGCAUAUGAUACAUGGUCAAAAAACUUGCAAUUAAAUAAAUCAGAUCAUGUAUUUAUUGUAUCAUCACAUUGAUUUUUCUUCACUGGACAUUAUUUGGACUUUGGUGGCAUAAUGUCGAGUAUAAAUUGUACGUUAUUUUUGUUCAGUUU